AUGUCUGCGAGAACCAUCGUCAUCGACCAUGGCUCUGCCUUUCUGAAGGCUGGCUUGUCGGGCUGGAAUGAGCCACAGCUGGUCUUGCCCAGUGUCGUGAACUACAUCCCCUGCCGGGAGAACCCGGGCCCCAGCUACGCUCGGCGGCGCGUGAGUCUUGGCAUCGACAUUUGCCGACCCGACACCUUCAGCUACCCGGUGCAGCGGGGCCGCGUCAUCAACUGGGAGGGUGUGGAGCACAUCUGGUCGUUUAUCCUGGAGAAGCACCGGCUGGAGCACGGGGACUUCCCUGUGAUCGUCACAGAGAGCCCCCUCAGGGAGCCCGUGGACCGUCAGAAGACCCUGGAGAUCAUGUUCGAGUUGCUGGAUGUGCCGUCUGUGCUUCUGGCCGACCAGCUGGAGAUGUCGCUGUACUCGUCCGGCCUGCUGACGGGCGUGGUGGUGGACUCAGGCUGUGGCCUGACCCGCGUGCAGCCCUUCCACCUGGGCCGCCCGCUGCGGCCCGGGAUGAAGACGCUGGAGUUCGCGGGCCAGGACCUCUCGGCCUAUCUCUUCAAGAGCCUCUUCAAGGAAGAUUACAAUCGCCACAACCUGUUCCAGCUGGACACCGUGGCCAGCACCCAGAUGCAUAAGUGUUACGUGCCGCAGAACCUGGGGGAGGAGCUGGACUUCUAUCAGGGCCUGCCGAGCGGCGCCGACGAGAGCAACAGCUACCACCUGCCGGACGGCACCGCGGUGGAGCUGACCCCCAUGCAGCGCCUGGCCCCCGAGAUGUUCUUCAGCCCCCAGGUGUUCGACCUGCAGGGGCCCAGCCUCUCCCAGGCCACCAUGGAGUCCAUCGAGGCCUGCGAGGCCAGCCUGUGCCCACUGCUCGCCUCCCACGUGGUGCCCUGUGGGGGCAACACCCUCUACCCUGGCUUCACCACGCGUCUCUCCCAGCUGCUCGACAGCCAUUUCGCCCCCACCAAGGCUUCCGUGUUUGCGGGCUCCAGCAGGCACUUUAGCGUCUGGCUGGGAGCGUCCGUGGUGGCUCACCUGUCGACGUACAAGUCCGAGUGGCUGACGAAGCAGGACUAUGACGAGAGCUUCAGGAUGUAG